AGUUUUAGGCUAUGGUGAUACCAAAAUUGUAGAAUGGAUAACAGUUUUAACUAUGUACAUGGACAAAAUCUCAAAAUAAAAUUAUAAAUUGACAACUAGACUCUUGUUUAAUUCUUCUUUGUUAUAUUAUCAUUAGAGUAGAAUAUGUAAGAUAAUCUCAUACUAAUGGUGAAUAUAAAUCAAAGUGUAAGACGUAUAUAAUAAACACUUUGCAAAUGAUACAACUAUUUCUAAAUCUAAAAAGUGAUUUACAUAUAUUCAAAUUUGGAAUCACGGAAUCACAGAUACGUUCAGACUAUAAAGUUGUAAUGAAUCAUAUAUGACAAUGCACUUUGACUAAAUUUCUACAAAAAAAAAAAAACAAGAAACGGAUUAUAAUUUGUUUGUUCUUUAUCCAAACAAUUUAAUUUUUUUAUAAUAGUACUAAAAAGGGAAGAAAUCAUCCUGUCAAAAAAAAAAAAAAAAGGGAAGAAAUCAUCAAUUAAAACCCCCACAACAAACUCCCAAAACCCCUGAAAAAGGUUCACAUAGUCACACUCACACACACACACUCACAAGACAUGCACAUCUAAAACCCCAAACGUGAACUCUCAUUUGUAAAUUUGUUGAUCACUAACGUCUCCCACCGUUUCAAUAUAUAAUCCCUCCAUUCUCUCAACAACCAAAAUUUCUCCCUCUUCCUCUUUUUUUUUUCACUCUUCAUUCUCCCCUCAUCGGAAAAAAAAUGGACCAUCUAGGCCAACUUCCACCACCGCCGCCGCCACCGCCCGCCACGGGCGAAACCAGCCCAUUAAAAGACUUACCAUCACAUAAAACAACCAACAACAAGCGUUACAAGGUGUUAUUAGCCUUAAACUACUUGUCUCUUUUUGUGGGCUCCUUAGCCUCAUCACUUUUAGCCAAAUUUUACUUCAUCCACAAAGGUUCUAGCCGGUGGGUCUCCACAUGGGUCCAAUGUGCUGGUUUUCCCAUCCUUGUAUUCCCCAUUUUACUCCCUUAUUUCUUAAAAUUUACCCAAAGAAAACCUUUCACUAAAUUUACCAAAAAAAUAUUGGCACUUUCACUAGUUAUUGGUCUUCUUUUGGGUGUCAAUAAUCUCUUGUUUUCUUGGGGUACUUCUUAUUUGCCUGUUUCAACAUCUUCUUUGCUUUUAUCUUCUCAACUUGGGUUCACAUUAAUCUUGUCUUGCCUCAUUGUCAAGCAAAAGAUCACUUUUAAUAACUUGAAUUGUGUGAUCUUAUUAACUUUAAGUUCUGUUUUGUUGGCUUUCACUUCUAGCCAUGAUCGUCCUAAGGGUAUAACCAAGGCCAUGUAUUUUGUUGGCUAUUUUUGUACAAUUGGUGCUGGCUUGCUCUUCGCUCUUUAUCUUCCCGUCAUGGAGAAAAUCUAUAGAGAAGUGUAUUGCUACGAAAUGGUGAUGGAGAUGCAGCUAGUAAUGGAGAUUGCAGCAACUGCAUUGGCCACCGUAGGAAUGGCAUCGGAUGGCGGUUUUCGAGAAAUGAGAAGGGAGAGUAAAAUUUUAUUCGACCUAGGCCCUAGGAUGUACUGCUUGACCGUGGUAGCCACCGUGGUAAGUUGGCAAUUGUGCUUCAUGGGCACCGCAGGCAUGGUGUUCCUCACCACGUCGUUGACGGGCGGUGUGUGCAUGACGGCACUCCUAGCCAUGAACGUCGUUGGCGGCGUCCUCGUCUACGGGGAUCAUUUUGGUGGCGCAAAGGCUGUUUCCACCGUGUUAUGUGCAUGGGGGUUUUGCUCCUACGUGUAUGGGUUGUAUGUGAACAAGAAAAAGAAUAAGGAAAAGGGAGGGGUUAGUAAGAUGGAUAAUGAGAUGGAAAUGACUCAGAUUGUGAUGGAUAACCCUUGAGUGAUUUAUUUCUCUAUUUGUACUUAAUCUAGAAAAGUUGUGGUGCACUAGUGUUGCACAAUGUGAAAAUCAAAUUAGUGUGUGUUAUAUAACUAUAUAUGGAAAUGUGCCUUAGGGUUGGAUAA